CACCCAGAGACCAAGCACCUCUGGAGACUGAAAGAGACAUCCUGCACUCAGGUCCUGUCGGUCGAUCUUUUUAUCUUGCAUUCUGCAUUCUGAUUCAAGAGACUGAAGACAGCCAGGAGCUUCAGCUAUGACCCUCUUCAUUCUUUUGUGUAGUGUUCUGGUGAUGGCCAUGGGUGAAGGUGGUGCUGGGAGUAAGGAAGGAGUAGGGAAGGAAUGUAAACCCAGCUGCCCCUCCGUAUCUCCCAGUGCCCAGCAAUGGACACACCAUGGCCAGAGCCAGCUGUUUGCAGACCUGAGCCGAGAAGAGCUGGCAGCUGUGAUGAGCUUUCUGGCCCAGAAGCUGGGGCCAGACCUGGUGGACGCAGCCCAGGCCCAACCCUCGGACAACUGUGUCUUCUCAAUAGAGCUGCAGCUGCCCCCCAAGGCUGCAGCCUUGGCCCACCUGGACAAGGGGAGACCCCCGCCUGCCCGGGAGGCACUGGCCAUCGUCUUCUUUGGUAGACAGCUCCAUCCCAACGUGACUGAGCUGGUGGUGGGACCACUGCCCCACCCCUCUUACAUGCGGGAUGUGACUGUGCAGCGUAAUGGGGGACCCCUGCCCUAUCACCGACGCCCUGUGCCCAUCCGAGAGUACUUGGACAUAGACCACAUGAUCUUCAACAGAGAGCUGCCCCAGGCUGCUGGGCUUCUCCAUCACUGCUGCUCCUACAAACGCCAAGAAAAGAACCUGGUGACAAUGAACUCAGCCCCCCGUGGUUUGCAGUCAGGGGACCGGGCCACCUGGUUUGGCCUCUACUACAACAUCUCAGGGGCUGGGUAUUACCUGAACCCCUUGGGGUUGGAACUACUGGUAGACCACAAGGCUCUGGACCCCACCGGCUGGACCAUCCAGAAAGUGUUCUUUCAAGGCCGCUACUAUGAGAGUCUGGCCCAGCUGGAGGAAGAGUUUGAGGCUGGCCGGGUGAAUGUGGUGGUGGUCCCAGACAAUGGCACAGGUGCAUCCUGGUCCCUGAAAUCCCCAGUGCCCCCGGGUCUGGCUCCCCCUCUGCAGUUCCAUCCCCAGGGUCCCCGCUUCAUUGUCCAGGGGAGUCGAGUGGCCUCCUCAUUGUGGACUUUCUCCUUUGGCCUUGGAGUUUUCACUGGCCCAAGGAUCUUUGACAUCCGCUUCCGAAGGGAGAGAGUGGCCUAUGAGGUCAGCCUCCAGGAGGCCUUGGCCGUCUACGGUGGAAAUUCUCCUUCUGCUCUGAGAGGCCGGUAUGCGGACAGCAACUUUGGCUUGGGCUACUUCUCCACACCUCUGACCCGUGGGGUGGACUGCCCCUAUCUGGCCACCUAUGUGGACUGGCACUUCCUUUUGGAGUCCCAAGCCCCCAAGACACUACACGAUGCCUUCUGUGUGUUUGAGCAGAACCAGGGCCUCCCACUGAGGCGACACCACUCAGAUGAGACCGCCUACUAUUUUGGGGGCCUUGCAGAGACAGUGCUGGUUAUCAGAUCUGUGUCCACCAUGCUCAACUAUGACUAUAUAUGCGAUUUGGUCUUCCACCCCAAUGGGGCCAUAGAAGUCAAAGUCCAUGCCACGGGCUAUAUUGGUUCAUCGUUCCUCUUUGGUGCUGCCCGAAGAUUCGGAAACCAGGUUGGGGAGCACACGCUGGGCACCGUCCAUACUCACAGUGUCAACUUCAAGGUGGAUCUUGAUGUGGGAGGAGUGGAGAACUGGGUCUGGGCUGAAGACACGGCUUUUGUCCCCACGGCGAUACCCUGGAGUCCUGAGCACCAGAUACAGAGGCUGCAGGUGACCCGGAAGUUGCUGGAGACGGAAGACCAGGCUGCCUUCCCCCUGGGAACUGCCCUGCCUCGCUACGUGUACCUGGCCAGCAACCACAGCAACAAGUGGGGCCACCCUCGGGGCUACCGCAUCCAGGUGGUCAGCUUUCCUGGGGAGCCGCUGCCCCAGGCCAGCUCCAUGGAGAGAGCCUUCAGCUGGGCGAGGUACCAGCUGGCUGUGACCCAGCGGAAGGAGGAGGAGCCCAGCAGCAUCAGCAUCUACAAUUUGAAUGACCCCUGGACCCCGACCUUGGACUUCACGGACUUCAUCAACAAUGAGACCAUCGCUGGGCAGGACCUGGUGGCCUGGGUGACAACCGGUUUCCUGCACAUCCCACAUGCAGAGGACGUUCCCAAUACGGUGACUGUAGGGAACGGAGUGGGCUUCUUCCUCCGGCCCUACAACUUCUUUGACCAGGACCCCUCCUUUGACUCUGCUGACUCCAUCUACUUCCGGGCAGACCAGGAUCCUAGGGCUUGUGAGGUCAACCCCAUGGCUUGCCUCCCCAAGUAUGCAGCCUGUGCCCCGGACCUCCCUGCCUUCUCCCACGGGGGCUUCUCUUACAACUAGAUGGGCCCUGGAAUGGGGAUUUUGGCUGGGGACCCAGGACUGGGAAGUGUGGGAGGGGAGGCAAUGGGCACUGGGCAGGGCAGUCUGUGCCCUCUUCUCCCUCCUCACACCCCAAGGUCCUCUCUCUCCCACUGUCCUCCCUGCCUCCCCCUCCCUACUGGGAGCAUCCUGAGCCUGUGACACCUGACACAGGGGUACUUGGCUUUGUGGACCCCAGACCUGCUGGGCUCCUGUCCCUGAGAGGAGAGGAAUGGCCAGCCAGGAGCCAGGAGUGAUGGCCAAACUUUUACCAGAAGACUCCUGUCUUUUCUAACAGUUGGUAAUCUUAUUUUUUAAAUGAGAUAUAAUUCCCAUAACGUAAAAUUCACCCUUUUAACAUGUAAAAUCUAAUGAGCUUGGGUAUAUUCAUUAAGUUAUGUAACCAUUGCUGCUCUCUAAUUCCCUAACAUUUUCAUCACCCCAGAAAGAAACCCCAAAACUUGUUAGCCGUCACUGCCUAUUUCCCUCUAACCCCUUCCUCGCUCUAGGCAGCCACUGACCUUUCUGUCACUGCAGAUUUGCCUAUAUUCUGGAAAUUUCAUAUAAAUAGACUCAUAUGUGGUCUUUUGUGUUGGCUUCUUUCACUCAGUUUAGUGUUUUUGAGGUGCAUCCAUGUUGUAGAAUGAAUCAGGACUUUGUUCCUUUCUGG